AUAAACAAACCACCAUUCUCAUUAGUAUUAAUUAAUUGUCUUAUGCUGACGACUCUGCACCUCCUUUAGCAGGCAUAGUUUUGCAUACUACCAAUUUGAAGGAAACCUCAAUCUUUGUUAAUUACUUGAAUGCAACUCUGAGAGAUGGAAGAAGCAAUUCCCUACACACGUAGUGAUCAUGCAGAGGAAGAAGACUGCAUAGACAUGGAAGUACUACGCUCAUCAGAUUCCAACCCCACCAUAGACGACGUCUUUGAGUUCCAGAUGCUCUCAACCUCUUCUGAAAGGUACACCCCCUCAACUUCUCCAGCAGAUGAGCUCUUCUGCAAAGGAAAACUCCUCCCCCUUCACCUCCCACCCCGUCUACAAAUGCUCCGCAAACUUCUCGAGAACACGAACUCCGUUUCUCCUUUCGAUUCUUGCCAUGAUAGCGCGGAGCUAAUUCAUCCCGACACUACUGCAGAAGAAGCCAUCAACGAGGAGGCUUCAAAAGGGGGGUCAUUUAGCUCAAAGGUGAAAGCUUCUCGUGCUUAUUUUCAGUCACUGUUUAGCAAAAGUUCAUCUGCUCUAAUCGGGAAGAGUUUAAAGAAAGGAGAUGCUCCAGAGUAUGAAGAAAGAGGUCGCAGAAGAAGGUCUUUUUCAGGUGCUUCUAAGAGGUUAUUGUCGCCAACAAAAGUUUCUUCUCAAAGGUUUUCAUUAACCUCCUCAAAUGAUUCAAACGGAUACCCAGAUAUGCGGGUUUUCAAGAGAGGCAGCAGUGGCCGAUAUUCCUCGGAUAGAGAAGAUUCAAUCCAGGCAGCAAUAGAUCAUUGUAAAAGAUCUCAGCAUUGAACAACAGAUAUAUGACUGCACUGUACCUAUCUCAAGAAUAAUUAUUUGGGCCUAUUCUUAUUGGGCUACUAAACUGUAAUGGACUGUAUAUAUUUUAGCCUGUUAGAGUCUUUUAGCCCUUUAGUAUAAAUAGGUUUCUUUAACCUACU